AUGAAUCUAACGUUGAUGGUAGCUACAAAUUUGGUAGUACAAGAAGGAGCACUUAAAGACCUCGUUGACGAAGAAGGAAAACCAGUCAAAGGCGGAGUUGCUAACGGUGCUUAUUCUUACGUUGGUGACGAUGGUCAAACCUACUCUGUUUCUUACGUUGCUGACGAAACCGGGUAA